UCGCUCUCUCUCCCUCUCUCGCUCUCUCCCUCUCCCUCUCCGGCUCUGAGGCUGCGAGAGAGCGCGCGGCGUCGGAGGCGCGGAGCUCUAUGUAGGCUUUAGCCCGCUGCAUUAGUGCACCCGCCUCCCGGGCACACGCACACCUACCUAGAUUUAAUUGGCAAUUAAACUAGUGUUGGGGGAAAGAAAAGAAAGGCUGGAGGACAAGAUGGCUGAGCUAGGCAGUAAGGGAGUGACCGCAGGGAAAAUAGCCAGCAACGUACAGAAGAAACUCACCCGAGCGCAGGAAAAGGUCCUACAGAAGUUAGGGAAGGCAGAUGAGACUAAGGAUGAGCAGUUUGAGCAGUGCGUCCAGAACUUCAACAAACAGCUGACGGAAGGGACCAGGCUGCAAAAGGAUCUCCGCACCUAUUUGGCAUCUGUCAAAGCAAUGCAUGAAGCCUCUAAGAAGCUCACGGAGUGUCUGCAAGAGGUGUAUGAACCAGACUGGCCUGGGAGAGAGGAGACAAACAAAAUAGCGGAAAACAAUGACCUACUAUGGAUGGAUUACCAUCAGAAACUGGUGGACCAGGCACUUCUGACCAUGGACACUUAUCUAGGCCAGUUUCCUGACAUCAAAUCUCGAAUUGCUAAGCGUGGGAGGAAGUUGGUGGACUAUGACAGUGCCCGCCACCAUUAUGAGUCUCUUCAGACUGCCAAAAAGAAAGAUGAAGCCAAAAUUGCCAAGCCUGUCUCGCUGCUUGAGAAAGCUGCCCCCCAGUGGUGCCAAGGGAAACUUCAGGCUCAUCUCGUAGCUCAAACUAACCUGCUCCGAAAUCAGGCUGAGGAGGAGCUCAUCAAAGCUCAGAAGGUAUUUGAGGAGAUGAAUGUUGACUUGCAGGAAGAGUUACCAUCUCUGUGGAACAGCCGUGUUGGUUUCUAUGUCAACACGUUCCAGAGCAUUGCUGGCCUGGAGGAGAAUUUCCACAAGGAGAUGAGCAAGCUGAACCAAAACUUGAAUGAUGUGCUGGUGAGCCUGGAGAAGCAGCAUGGCAGCAACACAUUCACUGUCAAGGCCCAGCCAAGUGACAAUGCCCCCACGAAAGGGAACAAGAGCCCCUCACCACCACCCGAUGGUUCCCCAGCUGGCACCCCUGAGAUCAAGGUCAACCACGAGCCUGAACCAGCCAGCCUGGACACUCCUGGGGCUGCCAUCCCCAAGUCGCCAUCUCAGCUUCGAAAAGGCCCACCAGUCCCACCGCCUCCCAAACACACUCCGUCCAAGGAAAUCAAGCAGGAGCACAUUAUCAGCUUGUUUGAUGACAAUUUUGUCCCCGAGAUCAGCGUGACCACCCCCUCACAGUUUGAUGCCCCUGGGCCUUUCCAGGAAAAUGCCAGCCUGUUGGAUCUGGACUUUGAUCCCAUCCCACCAGUUGCAAGCCCUGUGAAGGUGCCUACGCCCUCUGGUCAGUCAAUUCCAUGGGAUCUCUGGGAGGCUGCAGAGAGUCAAGCUGGCAGCCUGCAGUCUGUGGAGCAGGGCCCUGCUGAUAGCGCCACCGAAGAGGGCGCAUUUCCCGUGGUCUGGCCCAGCCAGACCUCAGAGCCUGGGCCAGCCCAACCAGGAGAUGUGACAGAGGCUGGCGGGACGAAACCAGUGGCAGUAACUGAAGAAGCCAAUGAGACGGCGGCAAGUGACGGGGCCUCUAGCUCCCUGCCUGCUGUGGUGGUCGAGACCUUCCCAGCCACUGUGAAUGGAACUGUGGAGGGCAGUGCUCCCUCCAAGAGGUCUGACAUGCCCCCGGGAUUCCUGUUCAAGGUCCAGGCACAGCAUGACUACACAGCCACUGACAGUGAUGAACUACAGCUGAAGGCUGGUGAUGUGGUGCUGGUGAUUCCGUUUGAGAACCCAGAGGAACAGGAUGAAGGCUGGCUGAUGGGUGUGAAGGAGAGUGACUGGCACCAGCAUAAGGAGCUGGAGAAAUGCCGCGGUGUUUUUCCUGAGAACUUCACGGAGAAAGUCCAGUGAGAGUUGGAGUCAUCACUCUUCUUUCAAGGGGAGUGAAGCCAUCUUUUUUCCCUCCCCCCAAAAAUGUGUCUUUCUGGUUUUUUUCUUUUUUUUUUUUUCUGUUGGGGAAAAAAUAGAAAGAAAAACAAGGAGAAAGAAGAGGAAGAACAGAAGCCGCAAAACAUAAUGGAUGACAGCCAAAAUUUGAAUUUGUCAGGAUGAUGUUUUAAAAGUGUUAUUUUGCAGCUGAUGUAUCCCUGUAGUUGAGUUCCAGGGCUGAGAUACUCCUGCUCAGUUCUCAGUAGCAUGUGAGCCUUGAUCAGGGAACACCCACCUGGGUGGGAGAGUGACCUUGUUGGAGACAAACAACAGGGGAUACCUAAACCAUUAUGCUUGCCAGCCACUGUGGCCCCUCCCAGGGUGAACACCAUACACCCAUUUCCCUGGCAGCUGCUGUUGGCAUGGGUGUUUACAGGCAGCCCCUCCUCUUAUCUUGGCUCCAAAGAUCCUUCUCCAACCCCACUGACCAGGACAUCUGUUGUGCUGUUUGACAAUAAACCUAGUGACAGUGUUAAACGAAAACAACAAAAAAAUGCCAUCAUAAAACUACAAGAAAAAAAUCAAACCAACUAAACCCAAAACAAAUUGUGUGUUUCUUUUUUCUCCUCUCCCCUCUGCCCCCAAAUAAAUAUAAGUGGACUGUGAUUUGGGAUUUUAUACUGUGAUGAAGGAAAAGCUAAAGCAAACCUGCAUUUAAUCAGAAGGAAACCUCAUUCCUUCCAGCUGAAGCUUGACACCUGGAGGUUUUCCCCUCUGAGUGGGGACAAUUAAUGUGAAAGUGACCACUGGUCAGUGGUUCAAGAAAAGGAGGAGGAAGUGUGCUGGGGAAAAAGAGGCAAAGUUGGAGAUGGAGGCAGCCUGUUUUUUUUUUUUAAAUUAUAGCCUUUCGAAAUAGAACCUUUUUAUUAGUAAGAGAGUGCAGCGCUUUGGAAACUCAGAUCUGCCCUUUAUUUGUUGUUCUUGAAUGGGGUUGACAUUUUCCUAUGGAGAAUUCUGCAGACUGGCCGGUGUUAGAGCCACCUUCCUGGUCCUGUGGGUCAGAGCUGUAUGAACUCUUUUAAGCCCUAUUUAAUAUUGAUGCAUGGCAUUCUUAUCCUGUGGUUAGUUGCGGGGAGAGGUCUGCGAAGGGGAGGGGACUCUAUGAAGAGGUGAAAGGGGUGAAAAUUCAGGCAUUCCCAUUUCUCCAUGGCUUUGCUUUGGCUUCUGCAGGAGGGAAGGGGUUUGUGUUGGUCAAAACUAAGGAUACUUGAACACGGAUGCAAACAAACCAAUACCACCUCUCUCUCCUGUUCUCCCUCCUAGUUUCCCUCUCCCUCUCUCUCCCUCAUUCUCUUUCCUUUUGAUGUAAACUCUUCUUUUGGGAAAACGCCAUUUAGAACAGGUGGGGCCUCCAUGCUCAAGCUUCAGCCAGUCUGAACAAAGUUUGCCUACAUGGGCAAAAACAGCCACUGGGGGCUGCUGGUGUAGCUUUUAUCAUUGCUCAUAUGAUGAAUUGGGGUAUUGGGGUGGAAGGGAGAGAUCCAGGAGCCAGUUUUGUGUUCUAGGGUAGGUUGAGUUCACUUUAAAGGGUCAUCUUCUGCAUUUUGCUCAGUGUUUUAUUUUUAAAAUGAAAAAACAAAAAAAACCUGUACUCCAUUGUCGUGUGUGUGUGUGUGUGUGUGUGUGUGUGUGUGUGUGUGUUUGUCUCAUCUUUCUUCUCUACCUGUUCAUGGAUGGCCGUCAUAGCUUGCCUCUGACUGGAACAGCUUGUCAUGAUUCUAGUAUCCAGCAGUAAGGCAGCCUUGCAAAUAGCCACCCCUCCCUCCCCCCAACUUGCCCAGGGACAAAGGCCAGCAAACAGUCAGGCUUGUGGAAGCAGCUUCUUUGGGUGGUGUUCCCCAGGGUUCUCCUCAGGGAGGGUGGGCUGGGAAAACUCUAUGGGCGGCUGGUUUGGGUACUUUAUCUGCAAGGCUGACUUAGUUAUGUGAUGGUCAUUCCUUAAGAAUGUUACAGUGUGCUUGCCUUGUUAGUUGAAAAAAGAGUAGUGAUGUUGGUUUCUCUUUUGCAAAAUCUGAACAAUGUAAUGAUCGAUCCAUGUGAAACUCUAUUUUUAUGCGUUUGUAAACCUGGUUGAAUCUUCUCAGAGCAAUGUUUUAAAAUAUAUAUCUACAUAAAUAUAUAACAGAGUAAAAGCAAGUGAAUUGGGUUAAUGCCAGAAUCUUAGCUUAAAUUUGUUUAUUUUUAUGCAAAACUUGUGGCCUUUUUUUUUUUUUUAAGGCAGCAGGAUUAUAGUUUCAUCCUCUGAGUGAUCUCCUGGGGUUAUUUGUUUGGUUGGCACUUCAGCAAAUCUUUGUGUAGUACAUAUAGCUGUAGACAGUCAAACAGAGACCCUUGUUUGAGGGGUAGGGGAAAUGUUUUUUUUUUUUAAUUUUAAGUUAUCUCCAGAAUGGAAACCAAAUAAUCAGAUUUCUUUCAUUCAAUAAACAUUGAGUUCCUCUUCUGUGCCUGGCCCUGUGGUGCAUGUAAAAGAUAAGAUCUAGCCUCUCUCAGAGCUUCAGGUCCAGUAGGGGGGACACACAAAUAGCUAUACCUGCAGCAAAGAACCAUCGGUGAGUUACGGAGGAAUUGAGAUAGGAGCUGAAAGGUGGGAGAAGUCACUUCCCGCUGGGCUUUCCCUCCAAUGCUAUGGGCCCUUGGAUCUGUAAAAAAGAAAACCAUUUUCCCCUGUACACCAUUUUCUGCUGGGUCAUACAUUCAUUCCUAAGAGCUGCCAGUGGGAUGAAGCCCAACUCAGUGUGACUUUGGGCAAGUCAUUUGCCCUCCUUGAACUUCAGUUUCCUCAUUUGUAAGGAUGAGGAGUUGAAGGAUUUGGUCUCUGAGGUCCCUUUCACUCUAAUUCUAUUCUAAUCCAAUCUAAUCUAACAGCAGCUUAAAAGAAACCUAUAUAGAAAGUAAAUGCUGACCCUAGAAAGCUGGGUCAAGCUUUCCUGGUGGAGAUGGUUGCUUGGGGGUGGCAGUGAACUUGGUACAAGAAGGGAUGGAUGAAAGCCUUAAUAUUCAGGUUAUCCUGAUAAUUCACUUCAAUAAACAUUAAACACCUACUGUGUGCUAAUCACAGGGGGAAAAAUGUGAGAUGGCCUCUGCCCUCAAAGCCCCAACAAGAAGCAGCCCUGUUUAGCUGAGGAUGGAUCUCCUUAGUUUAAGGGGGAAAUCACAGUUGUCUUCAUGUGGAUACCCUGUUGCUUUCUUAUCUUCAACACUCUUCCUUGUGUUAGGGAAUUCAUUGUAAAAUCACAUCUGUUUUAGGCCUUACUUGGGGGCUUAAUAGUUCUCAGGGUAGCAAAAAUCUCUCCUCAGAAGACAGUCUCAUCCAGAGGCAGAGAGCCCAAGGGCAAGACUGAAGGGGCGCAAAGGACACCUUAAUAUUGUUUAAUAAAAAUGCAUAUACUUUUGAUGCCAGAAAAUGCUGUUUUGUUGGCAUGUAACUAUUUUGUGUUGUUUAUAUGUCUCCUAAGUGGGGAGCAAUGUUUAGGGGAGAGUAACAAGCAACGGUUUUUAAAGCUUGCCUAAAGUCUACAUGUAUUCUCCUAGCUCUGGAGGGUGUUGUGGGGGAGGAGGUCAGGACAAAGGCUUGGAAUAAUCCACCAUGGAUGAUUGAGACCAGUCUACUCCCCAUCUCCAGAACAUACCUUAUGCUUUUCCUCCUGCCUCCCCAUACUUAUUCUACCAUAUCGCCCUCCCUGGAAGGCCAUUCCUGUUAUGCUCAUUCAGAUUCUGCCUGUUCUUCAAGGUUCAACUCAGGUCCCACAUCCUCCAUGAGCCUUUUGGCUUCUGAUACUUUAACUUUUUGUACAGCAUUAGGGAAAUCACUUUGCCUCUCUGACUUAAGUUUCUUCAUCUGUGAAACGGGAGUAAUUCUAUUGAUCACUUCGAGCACAGGAUCAUCCCAAGGAAAAUACUUUGUCAAUGUUUAUCAGCACUAGAAAAAUGUGAAUUGUCUCUCCUGACCAGAGAGAUCUUUUCCUUCUCCCAAAUUCCUCCCUUAGACUUUAACUGUGUGACUUAUUUGGUGUUUGGCUCACACUGCUAAUAUAAUAUCUGAUUGCAUUAAACUAAAUGAUAAAUCCUAUCAGAGCAAGGCUCCUCAUGUUUUUGGCAUCCCUUCCAUAGCAAAUGACAAUCGAUUGCCAAAGCCCUUGCCAAACGUGGAGGGUAAUUAUUACACAUGUGGGUACUUCAGUGAAUGAAGG